UAUCUGGUUGUGGAAACGGACGAUGGGGAGCUUGAUUUCUCUGAUGAUGAAGUAUUUCCUAGUCCUGAUCUAGUUACCCACUUUUCCAUGUUGACAUCCAUGGACACAUUUGUGGAUGAUGUUUUGAAGAAAAAUAGUCACACAUGCACACACACUCAUACCUGCAAUCCCCCUGGACCAGAUAAUGCACAUACCCAUACUUGUUAUCAUACUCAUACUCAAUUUAUCUCUACAGAAGAAGAGAAGGGUUUGCUUGAGAAAACAGAGCAAUGCACAGAGAAAAAGAAAAGGCCCUUAGGGAACCGUGAAGCUGUCAGAAAGUAUAGGGAGAAAAAGAAAGCACAUACUGCUUAUUUAGAAGAGGAAGUGCAGAAAUUGCGUUUGAUGAACCAGCAGUUACUGAGAAGACUGCAAGGCCAAGUAGUUCUUGAGGCUGAGGUUUCAAGGUUAAGAACUCUUUUAUCUGACUUCAGAGUAAAAAUAGAGUCUGAGUUAGGCACUUUUCCUUACCAAAGCCCAUGCAGUGGGAAUAUUAAAGAAGGGAAUUGCAUUUUCCAACCUCACAAUGCUGGAAUUACUGUUCAUUGUGAAACUGAGGUGACCUGCCCUCAUGCACCUUUAGAGACAUCUAGGACAGCUGCAAGUCAAAAUGGUGAUACCCUGCCAUGGGAAGGAAUUUGUGAAAUUUCUAAUCCUAAUUGUUAAGGUUUUAAACUGAAUGGGGAUUUGGCUCCACACUUCUGAAGCUCUGAAAGUACAGUAACAGCAGAACAUUCUUUAAUUCCCAAGUCUUAUCAAUAUCUGGGAAUCUUUCCUGACAAGGAGGAUUGGUCUGAGUAGUAACAUUGGAGUAUUGGCCAUUUUCGUAAUUAUGGUUUUGUAAAGAACAUAACUACAGAUCUACUUGAAGGGCAGUGCAAUGAAGCAACAUUCGUGAUGAAAAUGUAUCUUCAGUGCACAUGCACAUUUAGUUUUGAAUAGCCAAUAUUCAAGGUUAUCAUCAAAGAGAAGAAUAGUUGGAUGUUGAGGAAGUUCCAGUGCAGAAGAAUCUUCAAUAUGGCUAAUUGAUAGCUGGAAACUGUAGGAAAUUUGUAAUUUUAAAAGGAUUCUUGAAAAUGGCUAGUUCUCUUGAACCUGGAUAUAAAACUACUUGUUUUGGGCAUAUGUUACAUAUACCUGGAGCAGAUAUCAAACAGUAAGAGAGGGGCAUAGAAUGUGGACUCGUUGGAUAUCUAUAAAUGCAUCCUAGUUUGGUUCAGCUUGUGAUGUGUCUAUAGUUAUACUGUUGUUUCUGUGUGUUCUUGUUGGGUAUACAGGGACACUUAGAAGGUCACCUUGAAACAAACUGAAAGGUCUUGAGCAUUUUUAGAUGCUUCUAAUGUACUUUUAAUUUUAUAAUUUAAAUGUACAAAUUUGUAGUUUUGAUGUAA